AGAUCUCAGACUAAAAGAGAAGCACAAGAAUAUACCCUAGUUCAAUUAGAAGUCAAGCCACGUAAAAAAGUAGAAAGUACACGACAACUUAAAGAAAAGACAAUAAAUGCAUCUCAGGAGGAUGAUGAAUUGGUGAAGUUACGUGAAAGAGUAAAAAUGCUCGAACUUGAGCUUAAUUUGGAGUUACAAAAUAGUAAACAACUUAGUGCUAGACUGGCUAAAGCAACUUCUACAAAUGAACUUAAUUCAAAGUAUGCUGAACAAUCAUUUAAAAAUACUUUAUAUGAGGAUCUUACCAAUUUAUUGAUCCAAAAUGUAAAAAUAAGAUCUGCUGGCGAAUUUACACUUUCAUGUUUUCAAAAUAGUAAAAAAGGUGAUUUAGUCUUUAAACUUUCAACCACGCCUGAUUAUCCAGGUAUUUAUGUGUAUUCUCCUUGUAUUGAUCCUACAAGAGAUUCUAUAUUGUUGAAAUCGUUACCUCAAUUUCUUCAAGAAGAAAUUUUAUUUUCAAAAGAAAAAACAUCUGAAUUCUACUGGAAACUUUUACAUGCUUUAAAUUAG